AUGGCGCUGCAUAGCGUCUACUCGAAAGAGCUGUCCGAUGCGUUUAGGAGGGGACAUCCGAUCGCUAAUCCCCAGCCGGUGGAUUAUGGAGGUGGUGAGGAAUUGCGCCCGGUUGAGGUUGGCGACGUUGGUUAUAUUCAGCCUGCUCUGGGAUACUUCGUCCGUCUAUUCAACGUACACCUCGAUCCCGGUGUUCAAGGUCAACCCGAUUGCGAAGGACUUCCGGGUGGCACCGACUUCGAGCCGUUGCGGAAGUACAGGAUCAUGUUCACCAAGGAUACAACGCCCGUCUUUGCGUCCAAUAGUGUCGCCACCAAGUCUUUGACUCCGUCACUUUCAGGACCAUUCUUCGGCGGCUUCGCUGAAUUCUCAACGUCCAAAGACCGCGGAGCGAUCCUCGCGACGCCCGAUCCCAUCGACUGCUAUAAUGCCCUCCACAUCCUCAGCUACAAAGAGCACGCGCGAGAUAACAUGGAAAGCUGGCACGAGUUCGCGGUGGCGGAAGGACACGAUAUCGAGCUUGAAGAUCUUAUGCUCGUCACGGGCGUCGAUCGCACGACUUCGUGGGCCAAUGCCAUGUUCAGCGGGAGUAGGCUUGAGGCGGGGUUUGGACUGGAGGUUCAGUUCGCGAAUGUCGGCGCGGGCGUGAAGCUGGCGUGUCGAUACUCCUGGCAGAGCACCGUUGGCGCUCUGGUCAAUUCGGGCCCGGCGCCGGCGAAGCAUGUUGGUCGGAUUACGGACGGGGAUGAGGGCGAGGCGGAGAUGCAGCCUAUGAACGUCACGAGCAAUCAGUCGCUCUUUGUCCGACAUGUUCGCGUUAAACGCCGGAGGUGGCUUGGGAUGAAGAUCGCUGCUCAAGGAGAGAAGGACGACGAUUAUUGCGAGGGUGGGGAGGACUCAGACGACGGAGCAGGUGGACUCGGCAUUGAUAAUGUCCCCGGAAGAGCACAGUUCACGGAUUGUCUUGAACCCGCGUUAGACUAUAUACUUGAACACUCGGACGCGAGCAUCGCUGUCGCGCACGACGAUGAUCUAGAUCUUCUACCCACGGUAGGAUCGUCUGCGGACGUGCCCGACGUGGUAUUACAUGGCAGCACCGGGAUGUUUACUAGCACUUCCGUCGAUGACGAUUCUUAUCCCGCCUGUGCUGAGUGUGGGUAUGUGCACGAUAUCGACGGCACUACGGAUGAGGUUCCUUGCAUAGCUCCUGGCGUCGCGCUCGACUCUACAUCGACGUCUUCAGAGCAGUCGUCGCCGCCAGCCCCGCGCCCGUCUAAGCAUUCGCCGAUGGCGGAGAAUACUCCUUCAACCUGUUGUUCUGCAUGCGGACAAUUGAUGACGGGCUCGUUCGUGCGCGCACUUGGCACCGUGUUUCACAAGGAUUGCUUCCAGUGCGUGGACUGCGGCGACAGCCUGCUUCAGAAGUUCUUCCCCAUCGACACCCCCGACGGGCAACAGCCGGUCUGCGAACGCGACUACUUCCGCCGUCUCGACCUCCUCUGCGCAUCAUGCGACUCUCCUCUCAGCGGGUCCUACGUCAGCGCCUGCGGCAAGAAGUACCACAUCGAGCACUUCACAUGCAGUGUCUGUCCGACCGUAUUCGCGCCGGAGGACAGCUACUACGAGCACGAGGGCGACGUAUACUGUCACUUUCACUUUAGCACUCGAUGCGCGACCAAGUGUGCUGGAUGUGAUACUGCCAUUCUUGAGCAGUUCGUCGAGGUUGAGCGGGAUCACCGCGACGAGUGCUGGCACCCUGAGUGUUACAUGAUCAACAAGUUCUGGAGCGUCAGGAUAGCGGGCAGUCGGCCACAGAGCCUUGAGCCUUCACCCGUCGACGGUGGCCCGGUUGAGCCGUGGGCUGAGGAAGAGGCACGCGAGACGGCCGUCAGUCUGAAAGAGAAGCAGGCUCGGAUAAAGGAGCUGGUAGAACGGAUCUGGACCGUGCUCUCUACCUUCGAAGAAUCCGCAGCGCAGGCCAUCGACGACUUGCUCCGCCGGGCCUCUGAAGGGCAGUACCCCGAAGCGAUCCGAGCCGCCUCGCAGUUCAUUCUCCACGUCGAAGUGCUCCUCGCAACGAUCAACGACCUCGAUCUCGCGUUUAUGCGCCUGGACCUUGAGAUGCCGGCGCAUGUGCGCGAGGCGCAGCAGCUCUAUCGCAAGACUGGCGAACUCUUCACGCUCCUGAGUCGCAUGCAAGAGAGCGGCGAGCGGAGGAUUGGCCUGGGACAGACGGCGCAGGCGCUGGUGGCGGACAUCGCGCUCCAGAUCAAGAUUCUCAUCUGUAUUGGGCUCACCGGUGCGCUCAAGCUCGAGCGUGAACAUGGGCGACUAGAGGCGGUGUCCUCGUUCCUCGAUAAACUACAUUCACUUGCAGUGCCGACCUGGAGGGGCGAUCCCGGUGCACGACGGAUUUCGUAUGACGGGAAACCGGAUACCGACGAACCCCCGCUUCAGCCUACACACCAAAAGACAGUCUCGGGCGCAGGGACUGCAGGUGCCGCGUACGGAUUCCGGAGUUUGGCGCUGGAGAAUGCUAGCGAGAGUCCGUUCAGCCUCACGCCGCUGGACCCGGAACUGGCGAAAGUAUCGGUCACCGACCCGCCGAGCGAUCUUUGCGCAGGAUGCGGCCUGACAAUCGAAGAGGACUGUGUGCGCUUGGGCACGGACCAGCGCUGGCACCCCGCCUGCCUCGCGUGCAAGAAGUGUGGGAAGACCCCGACGACAGAGCCUGCAUAUCACUUGCCGACAAUCACGGGCCUUGCACACCUCAUUGAAUCUUCAAAGAAACCGACUCCUCACAGAGCGCUCGCGAAUAUCCAUUUGUUCGUGUUCGACCCGGAGAGCGAGCCCGUUGAUAUAUUCUGCACGCAGCAUGGACCCGCGAAGUGUCAGUAUGGGUUCGUCCCCGUCAGCAGACUGGAGCAGUACGCGUUCUUGUUGAAUGUGGCGCUCGGGAAGUUGCAUCUGUCGUUGAAGACGAAGGGGGUUAUGACCGAAACAUCCUCGCCAUCCUCAGCGGCCGUACCGGGUCCCUCGCUCCGUGGCAGCGGCGAAGCGACGCGGAUGAAGACAGCUCAUUUAGAUCGUGAACUCUGUGCGAUGACUCGUCAGAUAAAGCGGGUUGUGAUUAUCGAGAGGCCGAGUGGUAGUGUGGCGCGCUCUGCGAACGUCGCUAUCUCUAGCCCGCGGCGCAGGCUCUGA